AUGAUAAUAUUUGUGAUACUGACUGUUGUGGAAGGUUAUUUCCCUGAAAUAUCAUCCAAAGCACCAGAAAUAUCAUCACCAUGUUUGUGUCAUUUACGACCACCUUGCCCACCACCAUAUUAUUGUCCAAUAUCAGUUGUUUGUCCGCCACCACAGCCGAUAAUCUGCCCACCACCUUGUCCUCCAGUUAAACCACCGUCUUGUCCGGUUAUUCCUUGUCCUGCAGCACCACCUUGUCCCAUAUUUUGUCCUCCAAUCCCCCCAUGUCCUCCACCAGUAAUUCGUUGUCCCAGAACAUGUCCACCGGCUUUACCACCUUCACCUAGUCCUCCAGCAUAUUUACCACUUCAAUACGACAAUAAAUUUCCCCACACAGACUUUGCAGCUACACCUUAUUUCUCCUCACAUCAGAAUAAUAAUAAAGGUCGAUACGGAUAUGGUAACUGCGUAAUAAAUGGUCCUUCUGGAAGCAUACUUGAUCAGCAGCACUUUGACUUCCCUAGUGAAGCUACCACUAUGGAGAACAUUCAUUUUCCUUCCAUUUCUGAAUCAAAUUUACAAGUUGAACCAUCUAUUAUUGAUCAUGAAACCAAGCAGACUUCCACAGCUAAUUUUGCUAAUAUUGAUGCUGAUUUGACGACUACUCUACCAGAUAUUUCGGAAUUGCAACAGGAAUCAGAAAUCAAAAGCGAUCAACACUCAUUAUUUCAAUUAUUAAAUAUUGAAAAAACAAAUUACACCACACAAGCAGCAUAUACAAGCCAGAAAACAGAGAGGAAGUACUUCAUCAGAAAUGGCUGCCCGCCGAAUGAUAGCAGUUGUAUCGACAACGAUGACUCAGGGACUCUACCAGAAGUUAUUGAUAAUUUAAUUUUGCACAUUGAAUAA